GAUAAUAAUCAGUUUAGGACAGGCUUCCACAAUGAAUGUGAAAAGAAGAUCUUAAGUGCAUUUCCUGGAACUGAUCUUCGAGCCACUCCUCACAUCGACUCAAAGAUUAAGUUGUGGAGGAAACAAUAUAACACUCUUCAAGAUAUGUUAAAGAUAAGUGGUUUUGGUUGGGAUGAUGAACAGAAGAUGGUGCUAGUUGAUAGUGACGACGUAUGGCUGAACUAUGUCAGGAGGGUGCCAGAUGCAAAAGGGAUGCGAAAUAGGCCAUUCCCAUUCUAUGAAGAUUGGCUUAUUCUAUUUGGGAAGGAUAGGGCGACUAGUGAACUAGCUGAGGAUCCUGCUGAUGCAGUUGCAGCCAUGGAAAAGGAAGAUGCGAAUGCAACUCCAGAAGAAGGAGAACAGUCUCCUGUUGAACAGUUUAGUAUGAACAUGGGUGAUAUGGACUACUCAAUGUCUACUUCAGGUAAUAUUUCCAACCGUGCUGACUCUACUAAAACUGGAAAAAAAAGGGGCUCGACCUGCUUAGGGGAUUCCCACUGAACUAUCUGAGAUGGCAAAAAAUCUUGGAUCAUUCAUUGAGAAUACUAAUACUACGAUGGUGGAGAUUACUCAUAGGAUAGGAUAUUCACAUGACCUAUCUCAACAAAGGAGGUUGGUUAAUGAAGAACUUCUGAAGUUGCCAAUGAGUACUACCCAAAGGUUGAUGGCAGCAUCUAUGAUAGUGAAAGAUGAAGACAAAGUUGACUUGUUCUUCAGUUUAGAUGAGAAUGACAAGAUGAAGUGGAUUUCUUUGUUAUUGGAAGG